AUGGCCUGGAAUAAUCAGUCAGUCGUAACUGAAUUCAUACUACAGGGUCUCUCCGGUUCUUGGGAACUCCAGAUCUUCUAUUUCCUGUUUUUCUUCAUAGUCUAUGCAGCCACUGUACUGGGGAACCUCCUUAUUGUGCUCACCAUCAUGUCAGAGCCACGCCUUCACUCCCCCAUGUACUUUUUGCUGGGCAAUCUCUCCUUCAUUGACAUGUCUCUGGCCUCAUUUGCCACCCCCAAAAUGAUGGCAGAUUUCCUCAGUGAGCACAAAGCCAUCUCUUUUGAAGGCUGCAUCACUCAGAUAUUUUUCCUGCAUUUGUUAGGGGGUGCUGAGAUUGUACUGCUGAUAUCUAUGUCUUUUGAUAGGUACGUGGCUAUAUGUAAACCUCUAAGUUAUUUAACCAUUAUGAGCCGAAGAAUGUGUGUUGGGCUCGUAUCACUUUCCUGGAUUGUUGGCAUCUUCCAUGCUAUGAGUCAGUUAGCAUUUACUGUGAAUCUGCCCUUCUGUGGACCCAAUGAAGUGGACAGCUUCUUCUGCGACCUCCCCUUGGUAAUUAAACUCGCCUGUGUAGACACAUACAUUCUGGGAGUAUUCAUGAUCUCAACCAGUGGCAUGAUUGCCCUGGUGUGUUUCAUCCUUUUGGUGAUCUCCUAUACUAUCAUCCUGGUCACUGUGCGGAAACAUUCCUCUGGUGGGUCCUCCAAAGCCCUCUCCACUUGCAGUGCCCACUUCACUGUUGUGACCCUUUUCUUUGGCCCAUGCAUUUUCAUCUAUGUAUGGCCUUUCACAAAUUUCCCAAUAGACAAAGUGCUCUCAGUAUUUUAUACCAUUUUCACUCCCCUCUUGAAUCCAGUGAUCUAUACCCUUAGAAAUAAAGACGUCAAGGAUUGCAUGAGAAAACUUAGCAGCCAUAUCUUUAAGUCUAGGAAGACUGAUCAUACCCCUUGA